GGGCUUAUAACUUGACCUGAUAUCUUUACGGUCCUUGGAAUAUGUGGAUAAAAAAUCUUUAAUGAAUAGGGGUGAUCAAUAGUUAGGAUUACGAGGAAUUUUAGUAAAAAAAACGAAAUCCAACAAAACAUUUCUUCCCAUCAAGGCAGAAUUAACUACAUGUGCGUCAAUAUUGAAUAGCCGCAGAAUGGAAUAGAAUGAGUUUUACACAUACAACGAGAUGUUUUGUUUACACCAGAUUGAUUAAAAUCAACGGGGCACUGCCUAGAUUAGUCAGUAGAAGUUCAACUCUUGUUGACGUACAAAGCACCAAUUCGCAUACAAAAAACGUCAACAUAUAUGGAGUGAAAAGAAAUUUACUUUAUAAUUCAAUAAACAAGGAUCUAAUAAUGGUGCAUAGCAAGUCCGGUCCUUUUCUUGAACAGCCGAAGGUGAAUCUUGUCUCUGCAAAUGCAACUAUAGAUCGAAUGUUUCAUUGUGCAACGAAAUCAAAUACCAGUGUUUCUAAAAUGGCUCAACUGAUAGACGGUAAGCAGAUUGCCAGGGAAAUACAAGAAGAGCUGCAAAAAAAAAUCGAGUCAUGGAAAGCUCAAGGGCAUCGUUCUCCGCAGCUGACUGCAAUACUAAUUGGAGAUGAUCCAGCUAGUACUACCUAUGUUAAUAACAAAAUGAAGGCUGCAGCUGAUGUUGGAAUCGAAAGUAAAACAGAACGCUUCGGUACUGAAAUUACAGAAGAGCAACUUCUUGAACGUAUUGACCAAUUAAACAACGAUGACGCAGUUGAUGGAAUUUUGAUUCAGUUACCGGUACCAAAUCAUAUUGAUGAAAGAAAAGUAUGUAAUGCAGUAUCAUGCGACAAAGAUGUGGAUGGCUUCAACGAACGUAAUAUUGGUCGACUUUGUUUGGAUAUGAAUACCUUGAUUCCGUGUACACCGUUAGGAGUGCAGGAACUAAUUAAACGAACAGGAAUUGAAACCUUUGGGAAGAAUGCCGUAGUUGUAGGCAGAUCAAAAAAUGUGGGAAUGCCAAUAGCUAUGUUGUUGCACGCAGAUGGACGAAAUGACACAUGUGCCAUGGACUGUACAGUAACUAUAUGCCACCGGUUUACUCCACCUCAAGAACUUAAAAGGUUUUGUCAAACAGCUGAUAUAAUAGUGACGGCUACUGGUGUUCCGGGACUUAUAACAUCAGAUAUGAUAAAAGAGGGAGCUGCUAUAAUUGAUGUUGGUAUAACUAGAAUAACAGAUCCAUCAACAGGAAAAAAGAAGUUAGUAGGAGAUGUUGAUUUCGAAGAGGUUCGCAAAAAAGCUGGCUUGAUUACUCCAGUGCCGGGAGGAGUUGGACCCAUGACUGUUGCGAUGCUGAUGAAAAAUACAAUGAUUGCUGCUAAAAACUUGGCUAAGAAAAGAAAUGCAUUUUAAAUAUUGUUAUGUAUUAAAUAAUAUUGGAAGUUCAUGUAACAAUCGUAA